GUUUUCCUUCGCUUCUGCUCCCUCCCCCCCCAGACGUUCCUGUUCUUCCCUGCGCCGAGUUCCAUUGCCGAGGGAGGGAGAUUCGGUACGGUAUCGGGAGGGAAUAUCGCCAAUGCGGUACCGGAGAGAGCGCUGAUAUCCGGGAGCAACAUGGCGGCGUUACUCGGAGAUGAUGACUUUGAUCAGUUUGAUAAGCCUGGCGCAGAGCGAUUUCGGAGAAGAAGAACCGUAGAUGAUGACUGGGACAGCGAACUGGAGGAUGAUCUGCUCGAGGAAGAUGUAUUGCCAGGGAAAAAGAGUUCACUUGAUCUGUCAGAUGAAGAGUUAAAUGAUGAUCUUUUACAAAGCGAUGAAGAGGAGCAGGAUCCAAAUUACAGUGCCCAAGGAGUUACACUCAGUUUAAAUGCCACUGCUGGGGGCUUGACAUCAUUUGAGUUGUCAAAGAGUAUAAAUGAAGACCCUGAAGUUGAGGAGCCAGAAAUGGGAGAGGAUGAGGCAGUGUAUGAGGAAGUUGAGGAGCCCGAAGGCUGUGCUGAGGAUUUUGCAGAUGCAUACGAAGAAGCUGACGAGCUGCCAGAAGAGCAUACAGAAUAUAUGGAUGAAGAGACCACUGAUGAGGUGUUAGACCUCGAGAUCAAUGAACCUCUAGAUGAAUUUCAAGAGGAGGUUUAUACUCAGACAUACAAGAGGCAAAAAAUGAUGCAAGAAGCAGAAUUUGCGGCGAAUGAUGUUGAAGAAACAGAAGAGGAAGCAAUAGAAGAAACAGCUGAAGAAUCAAUAGAAACACAAGACCCAGCCAAUGACUCUGAGGAGGUUCCUGUUGAGUCUCAAGAAAUGGUCCCUGAAACAAAAGAAUAUUCUGAUGAAGAUGAUGAUGAAGAGGAAGGAGGCGGCCGCAUACGUUUUAAAUCUGAACGUAAAGAAGGGACAAUUAUUCGACUGUCUGACUCGACCCGUGAAAGGCGAAACAUCCCAGAAACCUUAGAGCUCUCUGCUGAAGCCAAAGCAUCUCUCCAGGAAUUUGAGGAAAUGGAGCGCAUGCGCAAGGGCAGAUACUGCGCUAAAAGAGGGCGGCGCGGAGGCAUGAAUCCAAUGUUUCGUGGAGAGCAGAGGCACGACAGCAACGACAGGCGAAUCAGGGAGCAGAGAUCAUCUCAUGGGCAACCCAUCCGCAGCCUGUUUCAUCAGAACCAGAUUCAGCCUCUUCUUCCCAUGCCACGCUCCCGGAACCCUUCUUCGGAUUCCAUGACUUCACCGCCUCCACAAGAAAAACAACGAAUGGUCGGAAAACCUCUGAUGUCAACACCGCAGCAGCCAAAAAAUAUACACAUAAAUCCUCAUUUUAAAGGCAAUGUCGUAGCACCUGUUCAAGUGCCACUUUUACCGGCCCCUAACCAGUCUCGACCUCCAAUGGGGUCACCAAGAUUUCCAGGAAUGCCAGACUUUCAACAUGUUCCAAGCCCUGUACCAGGCAACUUCAACCCACCUCCCAGACUACAAGAACCAUGGCGAAAUCCACCACCCCAACCAGAGAGGGAAACAUUCUUUCUAGGAGAACCAAGAUUUCCAAACCAACAUCUUUUUGACCAUCGAAACCCACCUCCAGGCCCCCCUCCUCCACUUUUAAAUAAUAACCAUUCACUUCCAAACCAAGGACAACAUCCAUUCAAUCAACCUGGCCCGGGUUUUAAUCAACCCAGUCCACAGCCAAGGUUCAAUCAACCAGGCCCUCAGCCGAACUUCAGCCAGCCUGGCCCUCAGCCUGGAUUUCCUCAGCCCGGACCUGGUCCGCAGCAGAACUUUAACCAGCCUGGCCCACCACCAGGCUUUAAUCAGCCCGGAUUUAGCCAACCAGGACCACAACCUGGGUUUAACCAACCUGGUCCUCAGCCUGGAUUUACCCAAUCUGGACCUCAGCCUGUGUUUAAUCAGCCUGGUUUUGGUCAACCUGGUCCUCAGCCUGGGUUUAACCAGGUUGGUCAUCAGCCUGGAUUUAACCAACAAGGAAUGAAUCAACCAGGAUAUAACCAGCCUCCCAAUGUGGGGCCUCAGCCAGCUUUCAACCCACCAGCACCUGGUCCUCCAGGUUUUAAUCAACAAGGCCCUUUACCACAACCAGCAUUCAACCAGUCAGGAUUUUCAAGAGAACGCCCAGUUCGACCUAAUGCGCCAUCUCCAGGUCCAAUGGGAAUUCCUCCAUUUAAUCAGAGCUCUCCAAACAGACAUUUUCCUCCUCCACGACCACAGUUUCCUCCAGGUCCAGGCCAGCCAUUUAUGCCUCACAUUCAACCAAAUAUUCAGGGACCUAUGCAAGCACCAAUGCAGCCUCCACACCAGCCUCACCAUACUCCAGGACCUCUCAAACCUCCCAUGCCUAUACCACAGCAGCCGUUCAGACAACAUCUACAAAGCCCACAAAUGCCUUUGAAUAACAGGCUACGUCCACCUAAACCAAGACAGGGUGUUCCUCCUCAAAACAUGACCAUGGGUGGCAAUCAGCAAAUGAUGCACACAAGGAACAGCAACUUGAGGGAGUUACCCAUCGCACCUGCUUCCUCUUUAGACAGGAACAAGAUGAAGCCAAACUCUGCUGCUCAGAUGAAGCCAGUAGGUACCACUGCACCCCAGACAAGACCUGUUGGUGUUGGCAAUCCACAUGUGGCAAAGCAAGCAAAUGCCAGCAUACAGAUGCAGGAAGAAGUGAAACGUGAACAGUUUCCUGAUGAAGAUGAGGAGACCAGAAAUUAUCGUUUAAAGAUAGAAGAGCAGAAGCGAUUAAGAGAAGCAAUUUUAAAACAGAAGGAGUUGCGGCGCCAACAACAAGCAGGGGCUAGGAAAAAGGAAUUGCUGGAAAGACUCUCUCACCAACAACAACAACAGCAGCAACAACAACAACAGCAGCAGCUUCAGCAGCAACAACAACAACAGCAGCAGCAGCAGCAGCAACAACAACAGCAGCAGCAGCAACAGGUUCAACAACAGACUCCUCCAGGGCCGCAGCAAGCCCCCGCUGAGCAGGAGAAAAAAACAAGUCCUGUUACAAACAAUGUUAACCCAAUACCAUCUCUCACUGGCACACAAAUACGUCCAAAUGUGAAAAAUAGACUGCUCACUCAGAAGCCAGGCACACCGCCAGUAAAUGUACUGCAGAAAAUCCCUACGGUGCAACACACAACUGGAGCCAGUACCCCUGUUCAGGGACAACCAAAAAAGAUUAUUAAGAAGACUGUGCAGAACAGGGUAAUGACUGAUAAUCCCGUUCAGAAAGUCCACCAGGUUCGACCUGCUGUUAACGCUGCACAGUUGGGGCCACAACAGAUUGCAAAAGUGGCCUCUGUGCAGGGACAGCCACAGGCGGCAGCCAGACCAGCUGCCACAAAGAGGACAGUUAUGCAGAGGUCUAACAGUGCAAGUGGGGAAGCUGCAAAUACACCCACCAAAGUGCGCGUCAUCAAACUAUCUGCAGCGGGAGGUGACAACGCCAAUGUAUCGGCAGAGGGAAAUUUGCCAGUACAAUCUCUCCAGCCGAAAAUAAACCCACAGCAGAGGCCACCCUUUCAACAGAGACUGCAGCAGCAGCAGCUACAACAACAACAACAAAGGCCUAUCCGAAAAGUGACGAUAGCAAAAGGAACUGUUCAACAGCCACCACAACAAAAUCUGUAUCACGGGCCGCCACCGUUCCAGGGCCACGCACGCCAGAUACGCUCUCACCCAGAGUCUGCAGGCCCUCGUAUCAUGAAUAGUGUUCAGGGGCAUCACCAACCCAACAAGGUUAUUAUGCGCGGAAGGGGCAGAGGAGUAGGAGGACAGAUGGGCCGGGGACGCAUGAUGCCAAAUAAACAAAACCUUCGUGUAGUGGAGUGCAAGCCUCAGCCGUGCGCCGUGUCAGUUGAAGGGCUUUCUUCGUCAACUACUGAUGGCCAGUUGAGAAACAUGCUGAUGUCGGUCGGACCCAUUCAGUUGGCAAAUAACGUGCUGGAUUGCGGUGCAGUAGAGAGACCUCCAUACAAUGAGUUUCCAAAUGCUUCCUCAUCAGCGAAAAGCUAUAGCGACUUUUAAAGAACCCAAACACGCGCUGACUUUCCAACAGAGGUUCCACAGGCAUAUGAUAGAUUUGUCUCACAUCAAUGUGUCACUGGUUGCCGAGUGAAUCCCCAUUGUUGCGCCCAAUCUACGCCACAGCAGCCCAGCGCCAGAAUCAAAGAUGGAUCCCAGAGACUUGCUCGAGCGAUGGAGUUCUGCUUUGGAAUGACACAACGGAAGAACAAAAAGACAGUGGACAUGUGUCCUAAACAGAAUUUUUGGGGGUGGCGGGGUUGCAGUUAGUGAAGGGGGGCCCACAGAGGGACAGUUUCACACCCCCUAAACUGUGAGAGCCUCGUCGACUCGGAUCUGGGCAGUUUUUCUUCUUCCAGUAUAUUUGUUCUUGAAUGUUUGCCAUGCAUGUCUGACUCUGUGAGCAGAGACUGAAGUUUCACACCUCCUAAAAGCAGAACAAAAGUUCCUGUGUAGCAAAGAAUACUUGAUAAUGGUUUCUCUUAUCUUCUAAGUGGAAUGUGUUAAAGCCCACUGACUUGGGGGGGGCUCUUUUUGCUCGAGUGGAUCCCCCUAGCAUUUGGUUAAAAAGGACAAAGUACUUUUUUCUUUUUUUUUUUUAUUCCUGCCUUGUGUGUGUUUGUGUUCUCCUACAGUCACAUGUGUGUUAUAUUGCCCCUGUUUAUACCCCAUAAAGCCAUUCAGAAUUCCACAGUCAUAAGUAUAUUUAUAGGGUAAUUUCUAGUGUUUUCUUACAAGUCCCUAGUCACUGAAAGGAACAUUUAUAACAAUCACCCAGAACCUCAAUCCAAAAAUGCCUUAUUGGAUUUCAGGCUCUUAUUAGAUUGCAGGCUCACCCUGUAUAUUGCAUCUAAAAUAUACUAUUUAGGUUUCUGUGUAUCAGCAGGCACUGAGCUCUACUGUGCUUCCCACUAUUUACACCCAAUUAUUUAUAUAUAUGGAGUCACUUACUAUUAAAUAAGCCAGCCCAUUCCUGCUUUGCUUGGAGAUCAGCUUUAGUAGCCGGCCAUUCCAAGGAUAUAUAUUUUCCUUAAUUGUUACAGUGGGUCCCUGCUUUACAAAGGAAAGGAAAAAAAAUAUGAUUUCUGAACUUUUUGUGUUAUGCUAGUGCAGCCAUAAUUACCAAGGGUGAGUAUCUCCUUAUUCUUCACUGCCCAGUUCCAUAAUAUUGAAAAGACAACAGCAGCUUUAUAUACAUCCUUGCAUUGACCUUACAGUUUUAAGGUUCUCGUACAUUGGCUGCACCCCGUCUCUAGGUAGACAUUGGCCCCACACAGACUAUAUAUGGACCAAUUGGUGGCCAAAUUAGUUUACAAAGUUUAAAAAAAAGAAAUCAUAAUCGUAAAGCCUGGUUUCAUAAAGGAUAUGUUGUAGCCACAGUUAUAGCGCCCUACAUUCAUACGUUCAACGUUUUUCCCCAAUCAGGACAGCCCCACCAACAGUUAUAAAUCCCAUUUGUCUAUAUCCGGUGCAAAGGAAGCUGUACUUAAGCCAAGUCACGCUCAUAAACAAAUGAUGUCCCCUAUAGUCAUGCUGGGAGUUGUACCUCACACCAGCCGUGCCACAGGUCCCUGCUAUAGGUUGUGCAGCAUAAAUAAUGUUCUUGGCCGUUACCACCGAGCCAGCCAUAUUACUUUAAUGCAAAUACAAAAUGCAGCAUAAAUAUAUAUUAGCACAGAUGCUCCAAAUAAAGUAUCACCCUAUGUUGGCUUUAUACAUUGGUAUCUCCUUAUAAAUAUGCCAGUGCAGAAUACUCAUAGAUUAGCAGCCUGGAACCAUGUCUGCUUGAGCUUCAAUAAGUGGACUUAUAUCUGUGUCCUUGCAGCUCUUGUUAUUGUAAUGGGCCUUCUAGAUUAACUUCCUGCCAUGGUCAGGUGAUGGGGCGGGGCUAAUUCCCGCAACUGCUGUAGGAAUGCUUCUGGAACUGGCGGCCUCAGGAAGUCUUAUAGUGGGACCUGGGAAAGCCCACCAUGCUUCCAGCAACAGAAUCUAAUAAAUCCCUAAAUAUAAGACAAUUGCAUUAUGUUAGCUUUAAAAAGUCCCUCUCACAGUAGACUAGACUAGAAAUGCCCACUGUAUAAAGCUUGGGAACUGUAGCACAAUGUAUAUUUAGCAUCUUUUUGCAGACUGAGCAAUCUGUACAGGCUUUAGGGUCUAGGGGUACCAGAGUUCCACACUGCCAUUAAGAUUAAGCGCCACCCAUAGGUCAUUCUAGGCCCCUUCCUUCACUUUUCUGCACACCAUGCCGGCGUAGAUAUAUAUUCCGUGCUGUGUAUAAAACUAACGCCAUAUUACUUAUAGCACUGAUUUCAGUUAGACAGCACCCCAAGCCCUGUGUUCCUCAUACACUCCCUUUAUUUCUACUUUAUUCUACUGCUCUAGAACAAGUUGUGUGAAUGGAAGCUCCUCUCAGAUCUAGAUCCUAGUUGGCUUUGUCCUUGGAAGAUCUGGCGUAACCAUUAUCUGUAUUCUCUCAUUGCCGCGCAUUUGGGUUUAAUACUCACCGUGCACAUUGGUGCGUUUAUUGUAAAUACUGGAGGAUGGGGGGAGGUCGGGGUAAAAACAAAAAAAGACUUUUAAAUUAAGAUAUUCUGCCACUAAGCAGUCGUCACCUGUCGGACUUUACCUUUGCCCCCUGAAAGCAAAAUUCCUUUUAUGUUUGUGGUUUUUUUUUCUGUAAUCUUUCAAUUUUAUAAAGAUAAUUAGUAAGUGAAUGAUUUUAUCCUGAGCGGUGUAUUAUUUUGUCAGGAUACUAUGAUCUUGAUACUAUUACCCCCCCCCCCAGGUUUAUUUUACUUCUCUUUUAUUUCUUUUUGGUCAAUGUUAUGUUUUCGCAUCAAACCAUAGAAAUUGUCAUUUGAAUUGCUCAUUUCCAGAUCAUUUCAGUGUUUCCAUCUCUCUCUCUGUUUCUCUUGGGAAAACGCAUGCUGCAUUGUCACCUAAACCUUCAUGGGAAAAUGAUUUUUUUCACUAGGAGUUUCAUGGAGAAAAGGUUUUUUUUGAUCAAAUGUAUUUUGAGAGUAUUUGGUUCGUUGGUGUAAGUUGGUUACAAAUUCUUUAUUUUCAGUAGUUGGAAAAACAAAAACUAAAGCUGGGUUCCCCGUUUAUCUUAGAGUCUUGCAGUCCAGCAUCCUUCAUAUUUGUGUCCCCUUUAAACCGGUCCUUGGGAGAAACUUAUAUCUCUGGGUGCGCUGUGUAAUUCCACACUUGUGCCCUCUCUUUUUGCCUACAUACACACACACCCUUAAAUCCUUUGCCCCUCUAUCUAUCCUCCAUACAUAGCAGACCCUAUGUGGAUAAAAAAACAUGGCACAUUGGUUUUAAAUGAGGCAUGGCACAGACGCAGAAACCAUUCCUCCGCCGGCACUUGGCUGCUGGAAACCAAUGACACGUGUUAAUCUGUUUAUAGUCUGCAGGCAUAGGAGGAAAAGGGGGGAAUGGAGGGGCAAACCCCAAUCUGCAGCCUUUUUAUUCCAUUCUGACAUUCCAACCAUCAUCUUUUUGUGCCACUAAAAUAAAACAACUGUUUUCAGCUUUGCCUACAGCUGUUUAAUGGUUCUAGUGGGUUUCCUUUUAGAUGUGCCACUUGUCUUAGGGCAAUUCAAGUUCCCUUAAUGACAUUAUUUAUAUAGUAAGUAAUAUGCCCCCUAUAUAUUCAUUCCACGUUCCAAUAAGUGGCUAUUUGUCUGCACAGUCAUAGCCCUGUAUUAGAUCCUUCUCCCAGUUAGUAAUGGGAGUACAGCGUGCCCAGCCUGUCCCACUGCCAUACGCUUCAUAGCACCCAGGAACUACUCCCUGAGGGUGCAGAGAGUUUAGAAACUCCUAGCUCUUUCUCCUAUGCACAGGAUGGGCCUUACCUGCCAUUCCCCUGAGCCGUUUGGGAACUUUCUGUUUAUCCCUUAAUAUAAUUCAGUGUUAGUGUUGCCACUGCACCCACUGCCCAGUGUCUGUUUAAUAUCCUUAUGUUCCCUUCUAGAAACAUGAAGCUGCUCUUCACCCCCCAUCCCCUGUCUUUAUUAAAAGAAUAGGUUCCCCUAACAUUUGGGCAAGUGAGGUGCUGCCGAUCGGUACAAGUGUUGGCCCCAAGGGGCCUCUGUAAAACAAUAUUCCAUGUUUAUAAGAUUUUAUGUCAAUUUAAAUGUGUAAAUAACUUGCUUCCUAACUUUGUAUGGUGUAAAUGUAACCCUGUGUCUUAUUUUGUGUUGUUUUUUUUUACUUUUAUCUAAAAUUUGUAUUUUUUCCUUGACUACAAACAACAAAUUCUUCUUGAUUUUGUUUGCAGGUGGAGCCUCUCCGGGUUGUACUGGUAGCGUUGGGUAGCAAUGUGUGUCUGUAGCGUUUGGGCAGCUGUGUAGCAUCCCAGAGCAAUUCCUAUUGUUUUAUAGAAUGUUGUAUUUAGAUAAAAUAGAAGUUGCUUCUUACUGAUUGAACAUGUUGUAAAUAACCAGUGUUUUUAGGGGACCACUGUGUGAAUCAAGGGCAACUUCAGCAGUGAGUGAACCUAAUGUGUUGUAACCCCCCCCGAGGGGCAUAUUUAUUACUUACUGAGCAUCGGCCCUGGGUAUUCGAUAACAAAAAAACAGGGUGAGUUUCUUAUCUGGCAUCGACUGAUUUUAUUUCCCCAAGUUUCAUAAAUGGAUUUUUAUCCCCAAAAAUAAAAAAUCUUGCCAGGUUUUAGUUUUUUUAUUUUUGGGAAAAAAAAAAUUCCAGUUGAGGAAUUUCUUUUAAAAAAAAUGAGAGGGAGAAAAAAAAAAAGCAAUCGAUACCAGAGAUAAGGAAGUGACGCGGGAUUUCUAGCAUUGAUUAUCCCAACAGUGAUGCUGGGAAAGUAAUUAAUAUGCCCCUGAGUGCUGCUUUACUUGUUAUUGGUAACCCCCCCCCCAAUAAUCCCUAAAUAUGUCUGACCCUCCCUCAUUAUUUGCCCCAGCCCUCCCCUGGGCAUUCCCUGCAUGUGGGCAGAGUUGCACACAAGGGGGGCAGGGCAAGUGCCAUUUUCCUGUGCAAGAGGGGUGUAGGAUUGUACCAAAGGCGCCGGGGGUCACUUCCCUGUGCUACUAUGCUUUAAGAUAAAUUGCCAUUUGAGCAACCUUACAAGUAUUGAGUUAAUGUGUAUUUUUAAUUUUCAGCAAAGUGAGGAGCUAUGUGCUGUGCUACCAGGCCCAGAGCAUGGCGUUUCAGGGCAUGGACAUAGGGGUAUGAGCAUAGGCAGGGGCGGGGCCAGCAGCACUUGGUAGGUACAUACUAUGUGUAGGGGGUCUCUGCCUGUGAGACAUAAGAGUGCUCUUUUGGGUACCAUUAUGGGCAGCCAGGAUCCUUCAGGGCUCCAGCACUUAUUUAUUUCCAUUAGAUUCCUAGUUUUGCACAUUGCAGAUUCUAUGCACUGAUCUUUGGGGUGCCUAUAGGGGGCGCUCAUUCACAGUUUAAAUAUAGUCACACUGAUUUACCAUUAAAUCCUAUGGAUUUGUGUUUUUAUGGCAUUGGCCUUGCUCCGUGGGAAGGUUCUUACUGGAUUCCAUGUUGGGAUCUUAUUGUUAUAUUGUCACAUUGCCGGGGAGGAUGGUGGUAUAGCUGUCACUCUGCCCAGCUGUGCGCUUCCUAACGGCACUUUAUGGCACAUUUCUGUCACUAGACACAGGGCUACUAGUAAUGGCUAGUGUACUGACUGCCCCAUGUACGGCCUGGUCCAGUCCCACCACUCAUCCAGUCUAACCACUAAGCGUGAAUGGCUAGUGGGACAUAUGUGAGUGCCUGGGCAGCGGCACGGGGAUCCGUAGGGAGAGCCUAGAGCAGCACCGGGUUCCCAUUAGUGAUAGGGUGCUUCUUAAUGAAGGGGAGCAGCAGUGGGGAACCAUGGCUGCCAUAGCCUUUUUCUUAAUGGCUUUCUCUUUCUAGGAGGUCAGAUCCAAUGCUGUUUAACCUCUUUCUUUCCAGCUUCUCUCCCCACAAGCCUAACCUGUUUCCCUUUAGGAGCUCCUGCCCUUAACGUGAUUUUAUUUGCAGGUAGGAAAGAGGCAGCAAAACGCGUUCCGCUGCCGGGCUGCACUAAUCUCUUCAUUCCUCUUCUUUUUUACAGAUUCAGCACUAACGCCACUUGUUCUCUCCAUUAAUGCACUAUUUUCCUAUAGGUACCAGGCCGGAUUCCGCUGUCAUUCCUGGGAAAUCAGCCGCCGCUGUAAAUGCCCUUACGCUCUUUCUCUUGUUGUUAUUAUCAGUCUGCAACGGGUUUUCUAUUCCCCAUUACUGGGCCACACGGUGCCGCCUCUCGGUGUGAUCCUUCCCAAAAUCUGUUAGUUUCAGUGAAACCGACCUGUAAACCAAUAAACUCGCUCGGGUUUGGAGCAAUGUGAUCACAUGACCAAUUCUGUAUCGAGAAUUCAUUAUGCUUUAUAAUAAAGUGCUUCUUCAUUCCUCCCGAAUGUCUUAUUUCAUUUAUUAAUGUACAUAUAAUAAUAAAUGCCUAAUAAUGUGCAUAUUUUCAUGUGCUCUUCCGAUUGUAUGGAAGUUUUGUAUUUAUAUUUUUAUACAGAAAUAAAGUUACUCUUUUUUUUACUUUAA